UGACGCGACUGAGGCCCAACCAGCUUUGUAGGAGGCGGAGUCUCCCCAGGGUCCCUCUCUGGCUGUCCUAGGGGAGGGGGCUCGGGGAGCCACGAGGCCCCUCCCUGCCUCCCUCCAUCUCCCGGCAAGCUUGGAGGGGCGGGGAGAGAGAGCCAGAGGAGGAGAACUCAGGCAGCCCUGCAGAGGGGGCCAGGAGCUCGGGUGUUUGGUACCCCCAGCCCCACCGCUGUUGCUGCUGCUGCAACGGGGACACAGGUGGCUCAAGGCGUCUCCAAGCCCCCACCAUCCUGGAGACAGCCACAUUCUCCUACACGCCACCCUCACUAAGUCUCCCUGGGCUUGGGGAGCGGCACGAUGGCGGCAGGCCUGGCCACGUGGCUGCCUUUUGCCCGGGCGGCAGCGGUGGGCUGGCUGCCCCUGGCCCAGCAGCCCCUGCCCCCGGCACCGGGGGUGAAGACAUCUCGAGGAGAUGAGGUUCUGGUGGUGAACGUGAGCGGACGGCGCUUUGAGACCUGGAAGAAUACGCUGGACCGCUACCCAGAUACCUUGUUGGGCAGCUCGGAGAAGGAAUUCUUCUACGAUGCUGACUCAGGCGAGUACUUCUUCGAUCGCGACCCUGACAUGUUCCGCCACGUGCUGAACUUCUACCGAACGGGGCGGCUGCACUGCCCACGGCAGGAGUGCAUCCAGGCCUUCGACGAAGAGCUGGCCUUCUACGGCCUGGUCCCCGAGCUAGUUGGUGACUGCUGCCUUGAAGAGUAUCGGGACCGAAAGAAGGAGAAUGCCGAGCGCCUGGCAGAGGAUGAGGAGGCCGAGCAGGCGGGGGACGGCCCAGCCCUGCCUGCGGGCAGCUCCCUGCGGCAGCGGCUCUGGCGGGCCUUCGAGAAUCCACAUACGAGCACUGCAGCCCUCGUUUUCUACUAUGUGACCGGCUUCUUCAUCGCCGUGUCGGUCAUCGCCAAUGUGGUGGAGACCAUCCCAUGCCGCGGUGCUGCACGCAGGUCCUCGAGGGAGCAGCCCUGUGGCGAACGCUUCCCACAGGCCUUUUUCUGCAUGGACACAGCCUGUGUACUCAUAUUCACAGGUGAAUACCUCCUGCGGUUGUUUGCUGCCCCCAGCCGUUGCCGCUUCCUGCGGAGUGUCAUGAGCCUCAUUGACGUGGUGGCCAUCCUGCCCUACUACAUUGGGCUUUUGGUGCCCAAGAAUGACGAUGUCUCAGGCGCCUUUGUCACCCUGCGUGUGUUCCGGGUGUUUCGCAUCUUCAAGUUCUCCAGGCACUCACAGGGCUUGAGGAUUCUGGGCUACACACUCAAGAGCUGUGCCUCUGAGCUGGGCUUUCUCCUCUUUUCUCUAACCAUGGCCAUCAUCAUCUUUGCCACUGUCAUGUUUUAUGCUGAGAAGGGCACAAACAAGACCAACUUUACAAGCAUCCCUGCGGCCUUCUGGUAUACCAUUGUCACCAUGACCACGCUUGGCUACGGAGACAUGGUGCCCAGCACCAUUGCUGGCAAGAUUUUCGGGUCCAUCUGCUCACUCAGUGGCGUCUUGGUCAUUGCCCUGCCUGUGCCAGUCAUUGUGUCCAACUUUAGCCGCAUCUACCACCAGAACCAGCGGGCUGACAAGCGCCGAGCACAGCAGAAGGUGCGCUUGGCAAGGAUCCGAUUGGCAAAGAGUGGUACCACCAAUGCCUUCCUGCAGUACAAGCAGAAUGGGGGCCUUGAGGACAGCGGCAGUGGCGAGGAACAGGCUCUUUGUGUCAGGAACCGUUCUGCCUUUGAACAGCAACAUCACCACUUGCUGCACUGUCUAGAGAAGACAACGUGUCAUGAGUUCACAGAUGAGCUCACCUUCAGUGAAGCCCUGGGAGCCGUCUCGCCGGGUGGCCGCACCAGCCGCAGCACCUCUGUGUCUUCCCAGCCAAUGGGACAUGGAAGCCUGCUGUCUUCUUGUUGCCCUCGCAGGGCCAAGCGCCGUGCCAUCCGCCUUGCCAACUCCACUGCCUCAGUCAGCCGUGGCAGCAUGCAGGAGCUGGACAUGCUGGCAGGGCUGCGCAGAAGCCCUGCCCCCCAGAGAGUCUCACUGUCACCCAGGCUGAAGUGCAAUGGCGGGAUCUCAGCCCACUGCA